AUGGUGGUCAGACUGUACGGAAUUAAGCUUUAUUUAAAAAUGCAAAAACACAAAAUGCAUCCACGAAAUAUUUAUAACACCCGUUUAGAUUUUAAAGUAUUAUCGGAAAUUUCACCAGAAUUCAAACAACACCUCAUAUUAAAACCGAAUGGAAAAUUAACAGUGAAAUUUCAAGAUCCCGAAGCAUUACGUUCCUUGGCGAAGGUCCUCUUAAAAAAAGAUUUUAAUUUAGACAUAGAAAUUCCAAUAAACACUUUGGUUCCAACAAUACCAUUACGUUUAAAUUACAUUUUAUUUAUUGAGGAUAUACUGGAUGGUUUGAAUAUGAAUUCGGAUGUGAUUGGGGUUGAUAUAGGUACAGGGGGGUCAUGUAUUUAUCCUUUACUUGCAUCACGGAAGAAUAAUUGGAAAAUGAUUGGAACAGAUUCAAAUUCAGUUAAUUUUAAAUACGCUUCAGCAAAUGUAGCUAAAAAUAAUUUGGGGGAAAAUAUAAAAGUUAUUCAAGUUUCUGGUGAAAAUACUUUAACAGAGUUAUUAGAAAAAGAUAAUUUGUUAUAUACAUUUUGUAUGUGUAAUCCACCAUUUUUUAGUGGAGUAAAUGAUUUAUAUAAAUCUAGAAAUCCUAAUAGAAAGAAGCCAAAUAAUGGGUUUUGUGCUAGUUCCCAUGAAAUUAUAACCGACGGUGGUGAAUUAGAUUUUGUACAAAAAAUAAUCUUGGAAAGUCAUAAUUUUAAAGAUCGAAUUAAAAUAUUUUCAAGUAUGUUGGGAAUAAAAAGAAAUUUGAAGCAACUCAUCCACGUUUUGAAACAAUCAAAUCAAGUUAAAUCAUUUAUAAGCACCGAAUUUUUUCAAGGAAACACUACCAGAUGGGCCUUAGCUUGGACAUUCUACGAUUACGAUUUAAACAAAAUAAAUCAAAUCAAUAAAAAUCCAAAACCAAUAAAACCAUUUUCUUAUUCUCAAAAUUAUAAUGGUUCAAUUGAAAACGUUGGGAUAAAAAUUGAGGAGAUUCUAAAUGAAUUAAAAAUGGAUUUUAAAGUAUUAGAAAAGGGUGGUUUUACGAGACAUUAUAAUUUAAAAGCAUAUUUUAAUACUUGGACACAUAAUCGUAAGCGACGAAGAGAAGCGAAACGGAUGGAGAAGAUUAUGGGAGGAGUAAUUCCAAUGGACCAUGAUAAAGUUGAAGAAAACGACGAAAAAUCUGCCGAAAUGGACACUUCAUUUGAAGAUAAACAUGAAGGAGGAGCUGCUAAUGUUGUUUUUAAACGAAAAAUGUCUGAAUCUGAUGAAGAUUUUCAAGAUGAAAAUAAAAAAGUUCAUGGUGAAAAUGUAAAUAACGUUAUGAGUAAUACUCCUAAACUAAUUGAGGCGUCCAUUUAUGUGAAUUUAAGGAAAAAUAAUCAAUUAGAAAUAGAAAUAACUCCUUUAUCAGAUACAACAAAUCGUAAUAGUUUACAUGAAAUACUUCAAUAUUUUAAAAAUCAUUUAAUUUUAGAUUGAAAAUUUGUUAAAAAAUGUUUUUAAUACGUUAAUUUGUGAAUUGUUCUAAAUAAAGUAUGUUUAUAUUAAA